AUGUCUCGUCUCCUGAUGGUAAGUCUGCUGGCCGUCGCCGCCGCCGCGCCCUCGAGCGUGUCACCGCAGAGUGAGGCGCUCUUCACCGAGGAGAUCCCCGAGCCGCAGUACCUGUUUGAGAACCACAACCCAGACGUGACCGACUCCGGUCUGGAGCUGUUCGAGUCGGACAUGGUGCUGACGGAGGAGCAGAAGCUGGACCGGAAGGCGGCGCCCAACCUGUGGCCCGGCGGCCAGGUCAAGUACGCCAUCACGUCCACCUCCGUGCCGGACCGGGCUGCCAUCGAGGCGGCGCUCAACCACUGGCGCCAGCACACCUGCGUCACCUUCACCGAGGUGUCGGCCAGCUUCGCCGGCGAGCCGCACCUGCGCUUCAGCAAGCAGUCGGGCUGCUGGUCGUACGUUGGCCGCACCGGCUGGACCUCAGGCCAGGACGUCAGCAUCGGCACCGGCUGUACCGGCUUGGGUACGAUCGCGCACGAGGUCGGCCACGCGCUCGGCUUCAACCACGAGCAGUCGCGACCGGAUAGGAACAACUACGUCACCAUCCUGACCGGGAACAUCCAGGACGGCAGGAGCGGAAACUUUGCCAUCGCCUCCAACGCCAACAACUACUCUGUACCUUACGACUACACCUCCGUCAUGCACUACGGCAGCACGUACUUCACCAAGAAUGGCCAGCCGACUAUCCAGGUGAACCAGCUGCAGUACUCAGGCCUGAUCGGCAGCCGGACCGGCCUUUCGCACCGUGAUAAGCAGCUGGCCAACGCCAUGUACAGUUGUGCUGCCUCCUGCUCCAGCCCGCCUGCGUGCCAAAACGGCGGCUACGUCAGUAAGGCAUGCAGCUGCGUCUGCCCGCCGGGCACCAGCGGCUCCCGCUGUCAGACGGUGACAGCGCCAUAUUACGGCAGCAUCUGCGGCAACCAGGCCAUCACCUCGGCUGGCACCGUCAGCUCCAUCAACUGGCCCAGCAUCUACCCGCGCAACCAGAACUGCUUCUGGAUCGUGACGGCACCGGCUGGCCGGCGCGUCAGAAUCACCUUCAACACAGCCAAGGUGCUGUACCGCUACAGCGAUGGCAACUGCUACUGGGACUGGAUUAACCUGUACACGAACAGCGACAACUCGGCCGACGUUAACGCCUGCGGCAGCGAACUGCAGGGCAAGACGUACACCACGACCGGCAACCGGCUGGCGCUGGAGAUGCACACAUACGCCGGCGGCAGCUACCCCUCCCUGCAGACCGGCUUCACCGCCUCCGUCAGCUUCGUCUGAGACCUUCUUGUUCAAGACAUUUACCCAUACGUCCGUCCUUACACACAUGCCGCAAAGCCUCACUGACUUGUGCUGGAUGGCUUUAUAAUAUCUAGCGAGGCAAAGCGGCUUCGGUUGUUGCCACGGCCAAACGUGUUCUCUCUAUCCCUGCAAUUAUUGUCUGCACAUUGGCAAGUUUCGCUCUAGACAGAUGCAUUUCCUGGGAUGAUGGUGACGGGUCUGUACGAAAACAGCUUGAUCUGACUUGAUCUAAUACACAGAAGCAAUGAAACGCGGAAA